CCUCCAUGUGCAUGGCCACUGGCCGUCAUGUGCCACAUUAGUGAUCUCUGAUAUCAUGGUGUUCUAAGCUGUUAGGCAACAUUCCUUGUUUGGAGUCCUGUCUCCAUGACUGGAUUAUACACUCCCACACCUUAGGCUCCUUUUCCUUCCUCUUGAGCAUUCAACAGAGGCAGAGUCCAGUUCAGGUCGGGUUUGGAUAAGAGCACCUGCCUACAGAGCUCUUAGAAGUGCUGGCCACUUUAAUUGGAAUAACUGUGCUUACAUCUAGGAUCAUUUGUGAGAACUAAAAGAGAUACUACCAGGAACUUGCUCGACACGGAGGUGCACAGUGCGCCGACGCAGCGCUGGUCCAUGCGUGUGCCGGCCGAGGUGAGCGCGGCGGCGGGCGAGGCGGCCGUGCUGCCCUGCACCUUCACGCACCCGCACCGCCACUACGACGGGCCGCUCACGGCCAUCUGGCGCGCGGGCGAGGCGUACGCGGGCCCGCAGGUGUUCCGGUGCGCGGCGGCGCGGGGCAGCGAGCUCUGCCAGACGGCGCUGAGCCUGCACGGCCGCUUCCGGCUGCUGGGCAACCCGCGCCGCAACGACCUGUCGCUGCGCGUCGAGCGCCUCGCCCUGGCCGACGACGGCCGCUACUUCUGCCGCGUCGAGUUCGCCGGCGACGUCCACGACCGCUACGAGAGCCGCCACGGCAUCCGGCUCCGCGUGACCGCCGCCCCGCGGAUCGUCAACCUCUCGGUGCUGCCGGGGCCGGCGCACUCCUUCCGCGCGCUCUGCACGGCCGAGGGGGAGCCGCCGCCCGUCCUAGAUUGGUCCGGCCCGGCCCUGGGCAACGGCUCGGCCGCCGUGCGGGGCCCGGGUCAGGGACAGGAUCACGGCCACCAGGUGACCGCCGAGCUGCCCGCGCUGGUCCACGACGGCCGCUACACGUGCACGGCGUCCAACAGCCUGGGCCGCGCGGAGGCCAGCGUCUACUUGUUCCGAUUCCACGGCGCCUCCGGGGCCUCGGCGCUCGCCCUCCCGCUCGGGGCGCUCGGCCUCAAGGUGCUGCUGCUGCUCUGCGUUCUGGCCGCCCGCGCCGUCGCCCGCCGCCGCCCAGAGCACCCAGUUGCCCAGGACACCCCACCACGGCCCCAGGCUCAGGAGUCCAACUAUGAGAAUUUGAGCCAGAUGAGCCCUCGGGACCCACCAGCAGCCACAUGUUUACCGUGAGGAGCCCCUUGGCCACUGGCAUCCUCUUGUACAGCAUGAGGAGCGAAGGCCAAUGCCAGGCUUGGCUGGGACAGCCCUUCCUGGCUGCCAGCCACCUUGGCAGCCCCUUGCCAGGCAACCCCCCACAAAGGGAGUCCAGACCCCAUUCACAGAGGCUCAGUGGUUUCUUACGUGGAUGUCUGUCCCAGAGCCCCCAUCACUGGGACCAGCAUUUUGAAAGAAUCUGAAUGUGUGUGUACGUGUCUGUGCGUGUGUGCGUGAGCUCAGCGUGAAGCUCACAGACAAGUUCUGGCCCUUUCUUACAUAGAACGCCAUCAUAAAAUGGGCAAGACACUGGUCAGAGGGGCUCCCAGGCUCUGACUUGCUGUGUCGACUAGGGCAUGUUUUUACCUGAGUCUCAGUUUGUCCAUUCUGGAACAUGGACAAUAAUCUUUCCUCCAGGCUGCUAGGACUAUCAAGAUCUGAAGAAAUAAUGGAUGUGAAGGGACUUCGCGAAGUACAGAACCAUGUACAAAUGUGGCGGCGGUGGGGGGAGGGGGCCACGGGCUCCUCCUUGCAGGCACCCUUGAGACGUGCAGAGACUUCUUGGACAAGUGGGGGCCCCACACCAGCCUGGCCAAGAACAAGGAUUCCAGAGAGCAAACCUUUGAGUCUGGGGCUGUGCAAACCUGUGGUCCCAGGAACAUCAACUCAGCAGUGAGAAGCCCAGUACCCCUGCCCCCUGGGGUCUCAUCUGUGACUGCCUCACACACUGUGCCUACCUCUUACCCCAUUGGCUGCUCUGCACUACCUUGAGCUGGGUCCCCUGGGAAAAGAAUCACCCAUCAUCUCACAGCAUCUGGGAUUCACUGUCCUUAAGGACCGAAAGCUGAGAGGUCAGAGGGGAAGUCUGGGCUGCAGGUUCGUGUGGAUAAAGCAGUUGUGGCUGUGACCUCCACCUAUGACCUGCAUCCACCUUGCAUGUGCGAGGUCCAAAAACACCAGCGAUUUCACGGCAUUUGUCCGAGGCCUUGCAGACUGACUGCAGGGUGCUGCCUUCCGUGUUCACACCUCUGUGUGAGCCUGUGCAUUUUAGCUCCUGCAGUUCUUGGGCUCAGGGGACAGGGAGGAGGUGUGCUUGAGCCCAGGGCAAGCUGGCAAGAGCAAAGGGCCACCGGGCCAGGCACUGAAGAAGCAAUGGGGACAGUCUUUCCCUCAGAACUUUUCCCAAAGCUAGGGUGGUAACCUAGAAUAAGGAAGGGUCCUCGCUGAUGCUUUGCUGGGGAGGUGGCCUGAGGUGAGAGGGAUCUUCACAAGUUAAUAAGCAGGGCAGUGGGUGACAAGUUUCCCUUGCUCAGCAGAGCCUUUGCCAGGGAGAGUGGGUGACAGCAGUUCAUGGUUAACUUGGGAUCCAUCCAGGAACCUGUCUGAACUGUCAGAAGGUCAGAGCAGUUGGAAUUUGUACCUCCUCGUAUGAGGAUACUUUGGGCACCUCCAUGGAGAGUCCCAUAUCACCAGGGAAGAAGCGAGGGACACGGGGGUGGUGUGGUUUGGAACAUCUGCCUGGUCUUUGAGGCCCGUUUCACAGCCAAGAAAAAGCCAUGAUAGCAAUUA